AUGUCGGACACAACGGUGAAGGCAGGAGUGAACGGAUUUGGCCGUAUUGGGCGCGUGGUCACCAGGGCCGCUUUUAACUCUGGCAAAGUGGAUAUUGUUGCCAUCAAUGACCCCUUCUUUGACCUCAACUACAUGGUGUACAUGUUCCAGUAUGAUUCUACCCACGGCAAAUUCCACAGCACGGUCAAGGCUGAGAAUGGGAAACUUGUCAUCAAUGGGAAGUCCAUCUCCAUCUACCAGCAGCGAGAUCCCACCAACAUCAAAUGGGGUGAUGCUGGUGCUGAGUAUGUUGUGGAGUCCACUGGGGUCUUCACCACUAUGGAGAAGGCUGGGGCUCACUUGAAGGGUGAGACCAAGAGGGUCAUCAUCUCUGCUUCUUCUGCUGAUGCCCCCAUGUUUGUGAUGGGCAUGAACCAUGAGAAGUAUGAUAACUCCCUCAAGAUUGUCAGCAAUGCCUCCUGCACCACCAACUGCUUGACUUCUCUGGCCAAAGUCACCCAUGACCACUUCAGCAUCAUGGAAGGCUUCAGGACCAACGUCCGUGCCAUCGCUGCCACCCAGAAGACCGUGGACAGCCCCUCUGGGAAGCUGUUGCAUGACAGCUGAGGGGAUGUCCAGAACAUCAUCCUGCUUCCACUGGCGCUGCCAAGGCUGAGGGCAAGGUCAUCCCUGAGCUGAACGGGAAGGUCACUGGCAUGGCCUUCCAUGUCCCC